AUGGCAGAUUUUACCCCGGAACAAUUGGAGGCGUGUCUGCUGCAACUUACAAAUCCGGACACGAACCAGAUCAAGCAGGCGGAGGCGUCGCUCAAGACCUACACAAAGCAGCUUGCGGCGGUUGGCGGCUUGCUCACGCAGCUACAGCACUCAGCUAAGCCCGAAGUGCGCCAACUGGCCGCACUUAUGUUACGCAAAAAGAUAUUCAAGCACUGGACCAAGCUCGACGCUUCUACCCAGGCCCAAGCCAAGCUGGUGCUGCUUAGCCGCGUUGCCGAGGAUCCUGAGCACGUUGUGCGUUCCGCUGUGGCUACACUCAUCGCUGCACUUGCCUUACACGAGGUACCGGCCGGAAAUUGGCCUGAGCUUAUGGUAUUCAUUAACACGUGCGCCAAUAGUGCUAACGUGGACCAGCGUGAGAUGAGCAUGAAGCUGCUGCAACUGCUGGGUGAAGCAAUGGGCACGUCGCUUCAGCCACACUUUUAUGAUCUCAAGCAGUUGUACGUCAAGGCUCUACAAGACCAAGAAAACCUCAAGGUCCGCGUAGGUGCUAUGCGCGCCGCCUGCUGCCUUGUGGAGUUCCUUGAGGAAGCCGAUCUCCGUCGCUUCCGUGACCUUGUGCCGCUCAUGAUCAAUGUUUUGCAGCAGUGCGUGUCUAGCGGUGCCGAGGUGGAGGCUGUCGAGUUCAUGGACGUUUUCUCGGAGAUCGCAUCGCACCCAUUCCCCAUAUUGGAUCAAGCCUUUCCACAAUUCAUUGAGCUGCUGCUGCAGAUUAUCCUAGCCGAGCAUCUUGAGGUUAGCACUCGUGCGUCAGCCAGCUAUGCUAUUGGCGAGUUUAUUAAGAAAAAACCGAAGACUAUUGGCAAGAAAAAUCUGGUUGCCACGAUCUUUACCACAAUGCUGGAUAUUGUAGCUGCUGAUGAGGCUGUCUCGUGUGGACUGAUUUCCAAUUUGCUGGCGCGUGAAGGCAAGGUUGACGCUGACGGUGAGGAUGAAGAUGAUGAAUCUCCUGGACACCUAGCUCAACAGACUCUUGACUCGCUGGCCCUGAGCGUACCCGCUAAAUAUCUGAAUAGUGUAGUCUUUGGCAUCUGCAAUGAGUACAUCACGUCACAGGACGCCCGUAAACGUAAGGCUGGUGUGCUGGCCCUUGGUAUUCUUUCUGAGGGAUGUUGCGAGUUUAUGUGCCAAAAUAUAAACGAGCUGCUCCCUGCUGUGUACCGCGUCGCACAAGAUGCGGAUCAGCGCGUUCGUGAGGCUGCGUGCUUUGCACUCGGUCAGUUCGCUGAGUUUCUGCAGCCUACAAUCACGGACCACUACACAGAUAUCCUACCGAUAGGUCUGGCUUUGCUGGACGACGCCUCCAAGGUGAUCAAAGCUACGGCCUUAUACGUGCUUGACGAGAUUACUCAGAGCAUGGAUAGCGACCAGGUUCUACCGUACUUGGACACUCUGAUGGCUAAACUGGUGAAUGUGCUUCGCAUGGGCUCACCUCAGUUGCAGAAGAUGGCUCUUGAUGCCAUUGGGUCGAUUGCCAUCGGUGCUAAGGAUGCUUUCCUGCCCCAUUUUGCAUCCGUGGCCGAGCUAAUCCAGCCGUUCUUGGGUGUCACCGACCCAAAGUUCUUUUUUCUUCGUGGUGCUGCGAUCGAGUGUCUUGGCUAUCUGGCUACGGCUCUAGGCAAGGAGCCGUUCCGUCCUUAUUUUGCGCCUUCGAUGCCGUUUGUAUUCUCUUCAUUCGAGCUAGAUGACUCGGAGCUUAAGGAGCAGGCUUUUGUAUAUUUUAUCAAUGUGUCAAGCAUCUUUAAGGAGGAAUUCGCGCCAUUUUUGGAUCAGGCAGCUACGCACGUGCUGCAGGCCAUUGUGAGUGACGAAGGUCUCCGUGUGAUGGACGAUGACGAUGAUGUGCUUGAGGGUCUGAACUCUGACGACGAGGAAGAUAGUGACGAUCACGUGCUGCGCCAUAUUAGUAUCCGUACAGACGCGCUAAACUCUAAGGUUCGUGCUGUGGCGGCUUUGGAGGAGCUUGCGCUCAAUUGUGGUGGCCCUGUGUUCGAGCCAUACAUUCCAAAAUUUCUUGAGGCCCUUGCUCCUCUCACCGAGUACAUCCACGAGGAUGUUCGUGGCGCUGUGGCUGAAGCCCUGGCUGCGCUUGUCAUUUGCUCCUUCGAGGCUUCGCAUGCCUCGAGCGGUGACGUACAGGUCUGGACGAAGGGUGACUUUAACAAGAAUAUCUUGACACCUAACAACGCUGUGGUUGUGUCUGCCGUGAUGAAGAGCCUCGUGGAGGAGCUCCUCGAGGACCCUGAAGAGGUUGUGGUGGAGAAGGCUUUUAACGCCAUUAAGACCAUGAGCGCCCGUAUUGGCCCCGUCGUUACAAUGGAUCAUAUGAAUGAACUAAUGCGUAUCACUAAGACAAUCCUUACUCAUGAGCACGUCUGCCAGACGACCCACGAGGAGGAGGACGAUGAAGAGGAGGAAGGAGGUUCCGUGCUGGAAAGUGCGUCAGAGUUGAUUGGCGUACUUGCUAAGUGUUACGGAGAGCACUUCAUAGGUGCAUUCCAAGAGCUAUCUCCGGCCUUGCUCUCGUUUGCCACUGGUCUCCGCGCCGUGGGUGACCGUGCCGCUGCUGUGGGCUGCUUUGCCGAGGUACUCCGCGAGCUCGGCCCCGCCGGUCUGGGCUUUGUAGAGAGCGUGUACCCAGUGGUCCUGCAGGGUCUUGCUUCGGACAACUACGUCUUGAAAGCUAAUUGUGCUUUUUGUAUGGGCAUCCUUGCGGAGCUCAGUGGCGACAAGCUGGCAAGCGCAUACGAGCAGAUGCUGCAGGCUCUGCGACCGCUAUUUGAGACUGUUGGCAACAACGAAGUCGUGAUUGAUAACGCGUGCGCGGCUGUGGCUCGCAUGAUCAUAGCUGGUGGAGCCAACUUGCCCCUGGAGGCCGUGCUGCCAGUGUUUUUGGACGCUCUUCCCCUAAAGGCUGACAUGGACGAGAGCCCUGUGUGUUUCCGAUGCCUAAACGGGCUGGUGAGCUCGCAAAAUCCCGUGGCGCUCAACCUGAUGCCGCAGGUCCUAGACGUGUAUGCCAAGGCCCUCGCUCCUUCGUCCAGCGUAGAAGAAGAGAUUCAGGUGGAAGUCAAGGUGUGUGUACGCGGCCUACUUCAAGCUUAUGAAGCUCAGAUGAAAGAGGUCAUUGCACGGAUGAACUCAGACGCCCAGGCAGCUCUCAGCUCGGCCCUAACUUAA